GCGACGCCACCCGGGCUCCAACCCGCUGGACCCUCAGGACCCCAGCCCCGACGCCUACUGCAACCUUGUCAUCCUGGCUGUGGCCAAUAGGGAUGCUGCUGAGGAGUCCUGCGCCCUCAUCUGUCAGGUCUUCCAGAUCAUCUAUGGGGAUCAGAGCAUUGAGUGCGUGGACCGGGCCGGCUACCACUACACGUCCACGCCUGAACGGCCAUGGCUCUACAGCCGCAGUGAGAGCUGCCGCACAGAUGGGACAUACGCCUAUGACGCCGACUUCAGCUGCUGCAGCUCCUUCAAUGGCUCCCAGGACACAUUUGAAGCCUGUUACAGUGGCACAUCCACACCCUCUUUCCACGGCUCCCACUGCAGUGGCAGUGACCACAGUGGCCUGGGCCUCGAGCAGCUGCAGGAUUACAUGGUCACGUUGCGGAGUAAACUGGGGCCCCCUGAGAUCCAACAGUUCGCGCUGCUGCUCCGAGAGUACCGGUUGGGGCUCUCCAUCCAGGAGUACUGCGCAGGGCUGCUGAAGCUCUAUGGAGACCGGCGCAAGUUCCUCCUCCUGGGGAUGCGCCCCUUCAUCCCAGACCAGGAUAUCGGCUACUUUGAGGGCUUCCUGGAGGGUGUGGGCAUCCGGGAGGGCGGCAUCCUCACCGACAGCUUUGGCCGCAUCAAGCGCAGCAUGAGCUCCACGUCUGCGUCCGCGGUGCGCAGCUACGACGGCGCGGCCCAGCGGCCCGAAGCGCAGGCCUUCCACCGCCUGCUGGCCGACAUCACGCACGACAUCGAGGCGCUGGCCCCUGACGACGACGAGGACCAAAGCACGGAGGAGGAGGCCCAGGACUCCCCAGGCGACACGGCGGAAGACAACUACCUAUAGCCUUUGGGACCCUGUUCCUGGAGUUCCCUCUUCGCAUCCCGACCGCCGGCCGGCCGUCACCCGUCACCCUCCCGGGCCUCCACUGUCCUCCUGCCCGCGGGACGCCGGUCCCUGCAGUACCGCGAAACCCCUGCAGGGGGCGGUCUGCUGAGUGCUGAGCAGUUGGUCAGCGGCAGGUGCGCCGUCCGCCCAUGUUGUCUCACUAGCCUGGAGAGGUAGGAGGGGGGCAGUGCCCCAGAGCCACUACUCCCCUUACCCACCCCACCCCACCCCAGCUCCGCAGUCUUCUGGAGGCCAGGGGAGGGGUGAACAGGGGCUCCACCUGCUGGGCAACCGAGAAAAGGACUUUCAGAACCAGAGACCGCAGUUCCUCUUGUUUUACUAUUUAAUAGACUGGAGUUCAAAAGAGAAAGGACUUGAGGGAAUCUCCUGAUUCUCCUUAGUAUUCCUCAAGAUGACCCUAAUAAAUACAUUAGAGAGACUUUAAGGCUGUGAGUGGCAGGGUCUCUCUUUUCUCCAUGGCGUAAAUUGGAACAGAGCUUUCUCUACUGAGCGUGGUUGACUCAGACCUGCGUAGGCGAUGUACGUUCCAGUUCUGGCCCUAAGACCCUGAACAAGUCGCUUGUUCAGCUCUUGGCUUUGGAGACAGGCGACCUAGGCCUGCUGUGUGGUAGGUGCCCAAGCUGCCCUGUGCCUCCUUUUUCCUCAUCUGUCCCUCAAGGCCAGCCCCACCGACCUCACCAGGUGCUUGAGGGGAUGAAUGAAGGUCAAGACCAGACCUUAGCGUGUGACAGAUACUCAAGAAGGGCUGUUCCCUUUACAUCUAAAACUUUCUGACUCUUUACCUGUCUUGCCUGGUUUCAAGGGAAUGGACUCUGAGGAGGGGGUAAGACACUCAGGGAGCUCACAGUUUGAGAAAAGGGAAGUGGACUCACCUACCACAGCUCUAUUACAGCCCGCUUUGUGCUCAAGCUCAAGUGAAAGUUGCCCAAGACACCAAAGCCAGCCACAGCAGGGUUGAGAUAGCGGAAAAACCUGCAGAGGUGGAGGUUUGGAGAGGGAGAGGAGUCAUUACCCAAUCAGCCUGAGUGAAGGCUUGGAGCAGAAAGUGAAUGAUCCCUGAGAGGAGGCUGGCAUAGAAAGCUAAACCUUAUUUGUAAAAUGUUACAGACACGUAGUAUCUCCUGUGCCAUCAUUACCUAUUGUAAUGUUGUUAUUAGGGCAUCAGGUAGGUGCAGAGAGUUCCAUGACUCCUACUAUCUGUAGCAAAUGACUAUCCCAUCAUAAUUGAUUGUGCAAGGCCCUUCUGAUGUUUUAUUCUUCCUGUCUAUGCAGUCCCCAUAUUCCUUCCCCUCCCCACAUGGACAGCCAUCCCUCUGUACUGACAUAUGUCCCUGGACAUAAAACACACAGUACUUUGCAUGUGCGUUUAUACUAUAUAAAUAGAACUGGUG